AUGUUCUUCUCUACCUUGGCCAUUAGUGCCCUUGCCACGGCUGUCAUAGCUUCCCCUGUGCUUCCACAUGCCGUACAUGAGACACGCACAACUGCCCCUUCUGGGUGGGAGAAGAGAGAGAUUCUCGAUCGUCGGGCUAUGUUGCCCAUGAAGGUUGCUCUCACCCAAGGCAACCUGGACAAAGGCUGGGACUGGCUGAAGGACGUUUCACAUCCCAGCUCUGCCAAGUAUGGCAAGCACUGGUCCGCUAAAGAUGUGGCCGAAGCUUUCGCACCAAGCGAAGGGUCAGUAAAUGCUGUCAAGGCCUGGCUGGCUUCUGCUGGCAUUGCCGGACCUCGUAUCAAGCAAUCGCAGUCAUUGAAUUGGUUAGAGUUUAGUGCCACCGUCGACGAGGCUGAAGACCUUCUCAAGACUCGCUAUCAUGUUUAUGAGCACGAGUCAGGACAACCACAUAUCGCCUGCGAGGAAUACAGUAUCCCCGCUCAUCUUCAGGAGCACGUCGACUUCGUGUACCCUACUGUCCACUUCGACGCCAAGAUCAAGGCUCGUGCUGUCCCAGAGGACGCUGCCGAAGAUAUGAUCGAGAAGCGCGACAACCCUCACGGUGGCUCGUGGGGACCCGGGAAGCCCUGGGGACCGUGGAAGCCUCCAGGAGGGGGGUGGAGAAUGCCGAAAUGGCACAAGCCUACCAAUGAUCUUGCCAACUGCGACGAAUACAUCACUCCAGACUGCCUGCGCGCUCUUUACCAGUUCCCGAUUAACCGCCAAGCAAAUCCAAAGAACUCUUAUGGAAUUGUAGAAUACAGCCCGCAGGCAUACGUACCCAGCGAUCUAGAUAUGUUCUUCCGCAACUUCAGCCAGCAGCAAGUCGGUAACAGGCCUAUACUUGAUUCGAUCGACGGAGGCGUUGUUCAGCAGACUAAUAUGAGCUUCAACUUCAACGGUGAAUCCGAUCUUGAUCUGGUACAUCCAUCGUUGCAGCUUCCGGCCUUUGACUAUGCUAACAAUGUGGAGUACGCCAUGACGCUCGUCUACCCUCAGCAAGUCACUUUAUACCAAGCCGGUGACCUUGUUGAAGGUGCAUCCUUCGAUGAUUUUCUUGAUGCGAUUGACUCCUCAUUCUGUACCUAUGACGGUGGCGACGAUCCCAAUCAAGACGCAGUAUACCCUGACCCCUACCCGGGUGGCUACAAGGGCCCGAAAAAUUGUGGUGGCUACGCUGCCACGAAGGUCAUCUCCACGUCCUACGGCUACAACGAAGCGGAUUUGACUCCAUUCUACGAACAACGUCAAUGCCAUGAGUACAUGAAGCUCGGGCUCAUGGGAGUCUCGGUCUUGUACUCAUCCGGAGACUACGGUGUCGCAGGCAAUGGUGGGCAAUGCAUCAACCAGACCUUCGCACCAGGCAACAGCAGCUACACCAACGGCAAGUCGGGCAAGUUCAACCCUAGUUUCCCAGGCACAUGCCCUUAUGUCACAUCCGUUGGAGCCACGCAGGUUAAGAAUAACACCGAUAUAAGCAAGGCCCUGGCUACUGGUACCCAGCCGGAGGAGGCUUGUGAGACGGUCAUCUACUCCGGUGGAGGAUUCAGUAACGUCUUCCCACUGCCGGACUACCAGUCUGCGGCUGUGCACCAGUGGUUCUCCAAGUUCCCUCCUCCGUACGGUGCGGAUCGCUUCAAUAACUCCCAGCGUACUCGCGGACACCCUGACCUCUCGGCGAACGGCGCCAACUACGUCGUAUCUGUGGACGGGAAUUUCUCCCUUGUCUAUGGAACGUCCGCCUCGUCGCCCACAACUGGUAGUAUCCUCACAUUAAUCAACCAAGCUCGGUACAACGCCGGCAAGAGCAGCAUCGGCUUCAUCAACCCUGUCAUCUAUGCCAAUCCAGGCGUGCUCAACGAUAUCACGGAGGGUGGCAAUCAGGGCUGUGGAACGCCAGGCUUUCAAAGCGCGCCGGGAUGGGAUCCUGUCACUGGGUUAGGAACUCCAAACUAUCCCAAGAUGUUGAAGCUGUUCUUGGGUUUACCAUAG